AUGUAUCUGAUGAACAAUUGUGAUGUGAGCUCCGAUGGUGAAUCAUUCACCGUUGUUGUAUCAGAAGACAAUCAAAUAGAGGUCACACCUGAGUUUGUCAAAGAAUGCUUUGGUAUCCCUGAUGGAGACAAAUCACUAGAGGAUCACUGGGGCAAUGAGUACAAUAAGUUUUGGCAACGCAUGAAAGAUCUUGGAUAUGCAGUCACUGCUAAAGUGAACUCUAGAGGUAAAAUUCAAGAGAACAAGAAACUCCCCAUCACCGAGAUAAUCGAAUACAUCAAAACUGUGAAAGAUAAGCAUUCGGAAGCCCGUGCUUUCUUCAUGAUUCUGCUAUGCAAGAUGUUGUUACCCACUCAGAGCAAUGUACCCACUCCGCAGCACGUGGGGAUGUGCUCGUACAUUGAUGAAGCCAAAAGCUAUAAUUGGUGCAAAUAUAUUUGUCAGAAUCUGAAAAGUAAGAUCUCUACAUGGAAGCAAAGGGAGAAACAACCAUCAAAAAUCGAGGGGUGCGCACUUCUGCUGUUGAUGUGUUUGCAUCAAGCUCUUAAGCCGCAACUUGCGCUGGAUGGUACACAAGCUGAUCCACUCAUCAAUCGCUACAAUGACAAAACAAUUGCAAAACUGGUCAAGGGCAUGAAUCUCCGGCAAGAGGUUGUCAAGCACAAGGACAACAUAGUCAAGAAACCAGUCCAGAAACCAGCAUCCCGAAAGCAAAAGGUUGUCCCUCUGCCUGCAACUAAAGGACCUUCCAAAAAUCUAGAGGACCACAUCAUUGAAAUUGCAUCUGUGCAACACUUUCUCAAUGAAAGUGAGGUUGACAAGGAUGAGGAGGGCAUCCUUUUAAAACCAAGAUCCACCGCAAGCGCACAGAUCAUUGUAGCUCUUCUCUUAGAGUAUUCCCCCAAGGUUUAUCAAUCCGUGGAAACGAGGUCACAAACCCUAGAUUAA